GAUGAAUUUAAUCUAUUUGUUCUAUUAAUCAUCUUCUAUAAUAAACUAAUCAAAGUUUUCAUCUUUUAAUCAGGUCGUUCCUGAAAGUGUCCAAAGUUGAGUAUUUUAAUAAUAUGAUUUAGUUAAUGUCAACGAACCAAACGAAUGUUAAUGUUGUAUUAAAAUUUUGGUAACUUGCUUAACCGGGUUUGAUUGAAAUUGUGGAAACGUGGUUAACGAUCUUGUUUGAGUUGAUCAUCAUAAUCAAAUCAAGACAAAAUAUAAAAUAAAUAAGGAUAACAUUAAAACAUUUCAAUUUGAUAAACUGUAUUCAGCAAAAAAGGAUCAUUGAAAGGAUACAAAAAAACCUCAUUACCUGUUAAGUGUUUUUGUUUUGGUUACCAGCUGUCCGGACGGUUUCACUUGUUACCUAAAAUGUUUACUAGACUCAACAAUUGUCUUUAUUUGUUUGUAAUUGUUUUCAUCUCUAUUCAUCUUCCUGGUUCAUUGAGUUGGCCCAGUGGUGCUCCUGAAAACGCUUGUAACACUUUGAGUCCCGGUCAUGGAGCUAAUAGGCCCAAAAGUCCGUCAUCAUCACCCUUUGUUAUCAUUCAAUCUCAUUCCGACUAUAAAACUGGAGACAGUGUUCAAGUAAUGGUUAAAGCUCCUGAAGGACUUUCAUUCAGAGGAAUGAUGGUUCAAGCUUAUGAUCCAUCAACAGGCCAAACGAUUGGUAAAUGGCAAGAAGGACGAGGUCUCAAGAUGAUCAAUUCAUGUUCAGCUGUUUCCCAUUCAGACAGGAGAGGUAAAAGGUCAGCAACUCUGGUUUGGGAUGCACCAGAAGACAGGCAAUCCGGUAAAGUUGCUUUUAGAGGAACCAUUGUUCAAAGAUACAGCGAAUUCUAUGAAGGCUUGGAAUCAACCUUAUCUCAACAAUAAUUUACACCCAAUUGAUGACAAGCUAAUCACCCUUGAAUCCCUUGUAACUAACAUAUAAAUUAUAUUUCAAUUCAACUCUUCUAUCAACAAUUUUAUUUCACAUAAAAUUGAAUCCGUCAGAUUUAAACAAAACAAGUAAUAUAUCAACACAAUGUAUUUACAUCUAAGAAUAAAGCUAAACAUGAUUAUUUUCACAGAAAAAAA